AUGGAAUCCUGCUCAAUUCCACGAUCUUCUGGAGAUUCAGAUAUCUCAUCAGCUUCACAUUCUAGAGCCCCGUCACUUCCAAGUUACCUGAUCGUGCAGAGACAGAUGCAGGACGUGCUGCUUGUGCAGAGGGCCGCUGUGGAACAACUGGUCCGGAACAAUAUAGAUGUUCUGAAUGAAAGCAAGACAAGUUUUGACAAAGUUGUGUCAUCGCGGGAUGAAAGGAUGAGAAUGCUGGAGAAAUCUAUCACACAGGAUUAUGUGCCCAAGGUCGAGUAUGAUUCCUUGAGGAUGGAAGUCCAGGAGAAUUGUGUACCCAAAGAAGACCUGGAUACUGUUGAGAAGAAUCUAGAGCAAGAGUAUAAGCAUCGCAGCCAGACGGAGGCCAGGCUUCAGGAAGCACAGGGCAAACUUGAUGCUGCACUUCGUCAAGUUGCAGCUCUGACAAAACAGACACAGGAAGAUCAUUUGAUUUUUCAUACAACAUGUGACAGUCUCAGAGAAGAAAUACUUGAGCUGCAAGCAAGAAAUCAAGAUCUAGAGUCAAGAUUAGCAGAGAAAAGCUGGCUAUGUGAAGAACAGAAGAGCCAGAUUGCACAGCAGCAAGUUGAGAUUGAGGCUCUGCAGAAGAAGCAGCAGAACCAGACAGUUAAGUUGAAGCAGAUGGUUUUGGAGGCUAAUGUAGAGAAGCAGCAAGAGGUCUACCUCAACCAUCUGUUUAGUGGCAAGAAGAACAAUAACAAGAAUUGUUUAUGA